GCCCGACUCGAGAGCGCUCAGUCUUGGGCGGACUUUCCUCGCGUGCACAUCGCGCUGCCGGCAGUGUCGGGCGCGGCGCGGGCUACUCGCGGCCGGAGUGUGGUGUAUUCUGGAGUGAGUGAGUGGGUGUGCGGGCGCGACCAACGACACGACGACAUCGACAACGAGAGGACAUGUGCGCCCUCUGCUAGCUACGCUGGCGUGCGUGCGUGUGCGUGCGGCGAGGCGUGAGUGCGCGUGUGUGUGAGUGCAGUGCGACGUCCACCACCACCGCCGCCAUGGGGUGGGCCGCGGUGGCCGUGUUGUGGUGCCUGGUGCUGGCCGAGCUGCCCCGACAUGGAUUUGCCUUCAACGUGGACGUCGAGUCCGCCGUCCCCUACCGGGGUGUCCCCGGAUCUAUGUUUGGAUUCACCGUCGCCGAGCACCGCGACCAAGGGCGCAGCUGGGUGCUCGUUGGUGCCCCCGAGGCGCAGACGAGCCAGCCCGGCGUGUCGCGGGGCGGCGCGGUGUACCGCUGCGACAUCCGCGGCGCGGACCACUGCCAGGAGAUACCCUUCGACCGCACAGGCUCCAACAACAACUCGGCGGGCCAGCAGAUGGACGACAAGUCCAACCAGUGGUUCGGCGCCACUCUCUACAGCUCCAACGGCACCGUCGUGGCGUGCGCCCCGCGCUACGUCUACUUCGCCAAGGCCGUGAACCGCAAGGACCCGGUGGGCACCUGCUGGGUGUCCCGCGAGGGCUUCUCCAAGUUCUCCGAGUACGCGCCGUGCCGAACAAAGCACUGGGGCUACCACCGGCAGGGAUCCUGCCAGGCCGGACUGGGCGCGGCCAUAUCCCAGGACGGAAUGCGACUCUUUAUCGGGGCGCCCGGCAGCUGGUACUGGCAAGGCCAAGGCUACUAUGUAAACACCGCGUACAAGUUCCCCUUCGUUCCGCCGAGGAACAUGCCGUACGGCACCGGCGCCGGUUUGCCACCAGGCCAGGUGCACUCGGAGUCCGUCGAGGAGGGUGGUGUCGUGGUGGCGACUGGCGAGGGGUCCUCCGUGGACGACGACUCGUACCUGGGUUACUCUGCCACAUCGGGGGACUUCGACGGCAACGGUGUCGUUGACGUGGCCUUCGGCAUGCCGCGCGGCAGCAGCCUGAUGGGCAGGGUGGUGGUGUACUCGUGGAACCUGGUGAACCUGUUCAACCGCACGGGCGACCAGAUGGGGUCGUACUUCGCGUACGCGCUCGCCGCCGUCGACGUGGACGGCGACGGCCUCGACGACCUGGUGAUCGGCGCCCCCCUGUUUACGCACUACGACAACAACGACGGCAAGUACGAGACCGGCCGCGUGUACGUCAUCUACCAGGGCAGCGGCGCGGAGAAGUCCAAGUUCAGGGAGGUGACCACCCUGGACGGCAAGAACUCCAAGGCCCGCUUCGGCAUGGCCCUGUGCUCCCUAGGCGACGUCAACAAGGACGGCUUCGGCGACUUUGCGGUGGGAGCGCCCUACGAUGGCGUCAAAGAGCGCGGAGCGGUCUACAUCUACCACGGCUCCAAGGACGGCGUCAUGGAGAAGGCCUCGCAGGUGAUCCUCGCCGAGGACAUCAACCACCAGCUCUCCACGUUCGGCUUCUCCCUGUCUGGAGGCCUCGACCUGGACAACAACGAGUACCCGGACCUGGCUGUCGGGGCGUACGACUCCGACUCGGCCGUCUUCUUCCGGUCGCGCCCCGUGGUCAAGAUGACGGGGCAGGUCGCCUUCAGCCUGGACUCGAAGCAGAUCAGCCUGGACCAGAGGAACUGCACGCUGCGCGACGGCACUCGCGUGUCGUGCGUGCCGCUCAACGCCUACCUCAAGUACGGCGGCGUCAACGUGGACGACUCGAUCGAGCUGGAGGUGCAGUUCGUGCUGGACGCGAGGAAGCCCAAGGGACCGCGAAUGUUCUUCGUGUCCGACUCGGGUCGCAACAGCCUCAACCAGACCGUGCGCCUGGACAAGAACGUCCUCUUCCAGAAGAGCAUGUUCGUGUACAUCAAGCCCGACCUGCGCGACAAGCUGACGCCCCUCGACGCCGAGAUGCGCUACAGCAUGCAGACGCGACGCGUGAGCAGCGCGCUGCCGCCCAUCCUGGACCAGGACGCGCCGCCCGUGCAGAGGGACUCCAUCAGCAUCCAGAAGAACUGCGGCCGCGACAACGUGUGCAUCCCGGACCUGCAGCUCGUCGCCUCCUCGAAUGUGUCGAAGUACUUGCUGGACUCGGAGCAGCUCCUCGCCAUCGACGUGCAGGUGCGGAACGACGGCGAGGACGCGUUCGAGACCACGUACGAGAUGAAGAUCCCCACCGGCAUGGACUACAAGAGGAUCCAGAUGCUCGACAAGGGCGAGCGCGAGAUCCCCGUGCUGUGCUCGCCGCCUAGCGUCAACAACAACAACACGCUCCGCUGCGACAUCGGCAACCCCCUGCCCAAGAACAAGCAGGUGCACUUCAAGGUGCUGCUGCAGCCGUUCCACCGCGAGGGCAUGGCGCAGAGCUACGAGCUUAGCAUGGCGGUCAACAGCACCAACCCGGAGAACAAGAACUCGCUCGCCGACAACGCCAAGAACAUCGUCAUCCCGAUCCACGUGGACACGAGCCUCAUACUAGAGGGCACCUCACACCCGUCCGACCUCCACUUCAACACAACGCAGUACCGCUCCGAGGCUCUGGCGGCCGGCGUCAGCGAGUCGGAGAUCGGUCCGCAGGUGGUGCACGUGUACAGCAUCCGCAACAAGGGCCCGUCCGGCAUCAAGGAGGCGCAGGCCGACUUCCUGUGGCCCGCCUACACGCUGUCGGGCGAACCGCUGCUGUACCUGCUGGAGCAGCCCGAGACCAGCGGGCCCGUCAAGUGCCAGUUCGCCGAGGAGGUGAACCCGCUGGGCCUGGUGCUGGAGCGCAGGAGCAAGUCAUUCCUCGAGUCCAGCAUCUACGGCGCCCUCGGCUCCAGCGGCCGGCGAGGCGGGGAGAUCACGGAGGAGGAGCGACUCGGCAUCGAGCAGGAGCAUCGCGAGGAGGUGCUGGAGACGAGCGGGCGCCGUCAGCACGGCGGCGGCUACCGAUCCCAGUCCGAGUCCACCCACUACGAGAGCCGCAGCGGUGGCGCGGCCGUCGGCGCGUCCAGCCAGGCGGGCGUGCGCGCGGGCGCUGUUGGCGGCGCGGGCGUCAGGAACCGCGGCCGCGGGGGCAGUCGCACCGAGUCCUCGUACGAGGCCGAGUACGAGCGCGGUGGUAGCAGCGCUGUGCAGGGCGGCGGCGCCACCGUCGUGGAGGGCUCCUACCGGGGCAGCACCGCCCACCAGGCCUCAGCCGGACGUCACUUCGAGGCAGAGCACAGCUCGGCCCAGGCUGGGGGCCGGCGCGUCAAUGUCCAGGGCGGAGGUAGCCGCGUGGAGGUGCAGGGCGCAGGCGGGCGCUUCGAAUCGGAGUCGGGUUCGUCGCAAGCCGGAGGCCGGCGUUACGAGUCCGGCACAUCAGUGGUCGGAGGUGGGCGCACCGUCAUGGUGGACCACACCAUAGAGUCUGGCUCGUCCAUGCGCGGCCAGGGCGCCGUGUCCGCGACCACGGCCUCCUCCACGUCGAGGCGCACGGGCUACGAGGGCGGCGGCAGUUACGAGUACGGCGCCGGCGGCGCGAGGACGUACUCGCACGAGACUUCUCAGUCAAGCAACUCGUCGUGGAGCUCCGAGGACGGCGGCCGGCCGCGCGUCCACAGCUCGUCUUCCUGGCGGUCCGAACAGGACGGCGUGGUGCGCGAGGGCAGCUCGUCCACGGUCGGCUACGCUGACCGGGAGCUCGAGGAGCGGCAGCUCGAGCAGCGUCGUCGCUACGAAGCGGAGGUGCGGCGCUACGAGGAGGAGAGGCUCCGCGUCGAGGAAGACCGGCGGCGCAUCGAGGCGGAGCACCGGCGCGUCGAGGAGGAGCGGCGACGCAUGGAGGAGGAGCGACGACGCGCCGAGGUGUACGGCCAGUCCGGGUACUCCGGGGCCGGGUACUCCGGUGCCGGGUAUUCCGGAUACGCCGGCUACAACCAGUCGCACGCCACGCACUACGAGGGCGGGCGCGGGUCAGCGGCCGGGGCUGCUGCGGCGGGCUACGGCUCUGUGCGCUCCUCCUCCGCGUCAUCCUCGUCUGCGGCCAGCACGAGCAGCCGCGGAAGCAGCAGCAGCAGUGGCGGCGGCGUGAGCGUGGCCGCGGCGGCCGGUGGCGCGGGCGGCUCCGACAGCGUGGCCAACCUGCGUCCUCGCGGCGGCGGCGGCUCCGCGUCCAGCUCGUCCGGCUCAGAAGACACGAGCCACUUCGCCUGGGAGGCCGCCGCCCUGAACCCGGCGUCCGCGGCCGGCAAGACGCCGUACGGGACCCCGGCUCACACUACCGUCCUGGACCUGGGCGUGGACGCGGCUGGCCUGCGGGGCGCCAUCCAGGGCCAGGGUCGCGGCCAGUCUGGCAGGCAGGGCUCCGUCACCGUCACGGGCUCGCGGACCUACGAGGCCGAGUACGAGGACGAGGGCGAGGCCCGGGCCGCGGCUGGCCGCCAGUACGGCGGGCGCGCCGGGGCCGCCGCCGCAGCCGGGUCCGCCGGCCGCAGCGAGUGGUCCUCGGCCUCGUCGUCAUCGUCGUCGUCGCACCACGCCGCGGGCGCGGCCCUCACCAAGGACGAGGAGUACCAGCGGCGGGAGGACGCCAAGUACUACAGCGGCAACUACCAGCACUCAAGCCACGCGGACGAGGGCAACGGCCUAGUGGACGGGAAGACAUCCGACGUUCAGAACCGAUUUAAACUCUAUCAGAGAAUUCGGCGAGAUACUGACGGUUAUUCAGAUGACGACGAUAAUUCUCGAUUCGAUUAUGACGUGCCAGAAUGUAACCCAGUCAAGUGCGUACGCCUGCGGUGCAGCGUUGGCCCGCUCCUAAGAGAUCAAGAGGCUUAUGUUGCCAUUCGAUCCCGUCUCGUUGUGUCCACCAUAAAGAAGAUUUCAUCCACUGAGGAGUUAAGAUUAUCAUCUAUGUUAUCUUCCCGCAUCACUAAACUUCCUACCAUUCAACGGGUAGACAAUACUGAAAGACAUCAACAUGAAGUUUUCACCCAAGUCAUUCCAUCAGAUCUAGCAGUCAAACCAGAUAUUGUUCCACUAUGGGUUGUGGUCCUCUCAGCGUUUGCCGGAACUCUCAUUCUAUUAUUAUUAAUUUUCUUACUGUGGAAGUGUGGAUUCUUCAAACGUAACCGUCCAAGCAAUGCUCCUGAAAAGGAACCUCUGAAUCGAAAUGGUCAUUACCAGUCUGGAGAUGAAGCUUUGUGACAGAGGUUCUAAUUGUACCUUUACCCCAUGACUCAAAAUUAAAACAAUCGGGGUGAUUCUCUUUAAAGUGGUAAUGUUCAUCUCAACAAGUUGUUGGUUGGAUUUGCCUCAACUAAAGUGGCCUGAUUCAAUUGGUCUCUUUGGUAUUUAUGAACUGACUGGUGCAGGACCACCGGUAACGUCAAUAAUUAGUCAACUAAUAAUUUAUAUGAAAGAAACAAUUAUGUUUAUGUGUGAGUGAGUGACUGAGAAAGUGUGUGCGCGUGUGUGUGUGUGUAAAUAUGAGUGUGUAAGUUAUGUUGAAGGUAUAAAUGUGAUGUACAUUUUUAAAGAUGAUUUUACAUAUGAAUGUAUUAAAAUGAGUGCUUGAAUGUAUGACUCUGUGAUCUGUAAAAAUAAUAACUAUGGUGCUCUUUAGCAAGUUGUUGUGCCAUCUGUGUACAUUUCAAAGUGUUCCGCAUACCGAAUGGCACAAAACUAGUAGCAUUUACUAAACUGUACUCUCUUCACUAACCAUAUUGACUUCUUGUCUACAAUUGUUAAAAAAAAACAUCCGCUUCAAUAUGUUAUCAUUCUAUGUUCUAGGCCUCUAUUAUACAAAUGACAUGUUUAAAACAUCACUUAACUUAUAAAGGAUACAGUAUUCAAAUAUUUAAGGAGAUACCUUUCCUUGGCAGCUGAAUCUCAAUUAAAGAGAAAUUCUUUUGUCAUCUCUUCAUUAGAAUAUCUCAAAUGUGAAUUGAAGUUUAAAGCAAUAAUCCAAUAUCUAAUUUUUAUGUGUCCGUUAAAAAGAGCACUGAUUCUAAACAUGUACCACUGUUUUAGGUUGAAAGGCAAAGCUCAAAAUGUGACCCAAAGAAUGUAAUUAGUCAUGUGUGUUUUGGACUCAAAACACUGUCCUGAAAUAUAAUUGCACAAUUUAAAGAUUCUAAACUACAAAUAUCCAAGCUGCAUAGAUUUUUGGACUGCCUGCUAGAAUGUUGGACAUUUAUUAUUUUCUUGAAGACUGAACAGUUUUCCUCAAGACAAGGCCUCAAGAGCAGGUCAAAUGCUGCCACCUAGUGUAAUCUUUGGUGAUUAAAGAAGGUUGGAGUACUGGUGUGUACUUUGAGCUACAUGGUUUUUGACAGGAGUUUGUGUGUGAUGUAUCACUUCCCUACAAAUGAAACUAUAUUAGAUUGCUGUGCUUAUUGGAUCUCAAAGGCCAUUUUCAAGUUUAAGGGGUGUUUGUACAAAGAUUUGUCAUGUAUUCUAGCACUUGUUCAUUUAUGUUAUCAAUGAGUGCUUAGUGUGAUGUGUCCCUAAGGUCUGUUUACUUCAAGAAAAUAUAGUAUUUUCCAACCAAUACAAAAAUUUCUGAAAUGGUGAAAGUCUGUGUUAGUGUGAAAGAUACUAGUCUCUAUACUUUGUUGUAUCAAAUUUGAUUCAAAAGAAAUAUGUUUAAGGACUCACUGCCUUCUGAUUAAUAAAAAUAAAUGAAUUUUAAUGGCAGUGUCGAAGUAUUUUGAGUUAUUUUUUUUAGCAAACAAAAUAAAGUUUUUUCCGUUAAAGUCUUUGUUUCAGAUUAACAAACUGUGAAUAAUUUGUUGCUUAUUUAAUAACAAUGAUGAAAGUUGUCUUGUUACAUACUUAGUUUAAUUAGUUGAAAAAGAUGAAAUUAUUUAAGUUAAGGUUGUUUGUACUUACAAGUUCCUCACAAUAAUUUUUACCUCACUAAAAUACAAAUGUGGAAACAGCUGUUCAAUUAUUAUUUUGAGAAGGUGAUGAUCUGAAUUAUUUGUGUUUUUACAAGAGCAUUCAUCAUAGUUUUAUGUGUCCUUUGUUGCCCUCAUUAAUUGUAAUGAGUUGUCUUUUGGGGAGCAGUGAGAAAAGCACCUCAUACUUACCUAGUGCCAAUCUUAACCGCCAUAAUUACUGCAUGGAGUUCUGUUCUCACUCUCACCACAAGACCUCGAAGGGUACUUGUGAUUACUAGGUUUAUUUAUUUAACUGAGUGCAACUACAAUUUCUUCCUCUUUUAACUCUGGUAUUUUUGCCUUACUGUAAGAGCAUUAAUGCGAAAGAGCUAAUGUCAAUCAUUGUACAGUCUAAAAAAUUCAAUUUAUUCACUUUCUAGGCCUGUAAUCAAAUAUUUUCUAGUACUUUUAUCAUGGUUAAAAUUCCUCAGCUUCACACAAUCUGUAUUUAUGUACUCGUGUACUCAUGAUCAUUUCAUAGAGAUAAAUAUAGUAUUUAUGAAAAUAAAUUAAUGAAAGACUUAAUUUUUGUUGUGUACAUUUAUAAUGUGUUUACUAAACCUAAUUAUUGAUGUAAAUAAAAAUGAAUCAAGGAGUAACUUAAAAUCUGAA